AGCUGAUCAAAACGACUUUGGCCUUGAAACACAAAAAGCGAAGAAUGAGCGAAAAUUGAGACCACGUCCUGACCAUGACAUCCCAUCCUGAUGAUGAUUCUCCCAAGAAGAAGAACACGCCUGUCGCACUGAUUGUAGGCGCAGGAGCUGGGAUUGGUGGUGCUGUGGCGGAACGCUUUGCUUCUGGAGGCUAUCAUGUCUGUUUGUGUCGCCGAUCCAACGCCAGCGCCCUGCAAGAUGCCGUCACGAAGAUUCGUGCAGCUGGCGCAUGCGCCUCGGGAUUUUUAAUGGAUGCCUCCAAGCCCGACACUAUGGAAGACAUGAUUGCGGAAAUCGAAAGUACCAUUGGUCCCAUUCAAGUAGCCGUGUACAAUUUGGGAGCUCAAAUUGGACACAAGAGUCUUGUGGAAACUUCGCACAAAACUUUCGAAUUGGGAUGGCGAUUGGGGACCUUUGGCUUGUUUCGAUUGGCCAAGUGUCUUUUGCCUCGCAUGGUGCAACGCCACAAUGGAACCUUGUUGGUGACCAGUGCCACGGCGGCCGUUCGAGGCAAUCCGGGACAACACUCGCAUGCUGCCGCCAUGGGAGGGAGACGUCUUUUGUGUCAAUCACUGAAUGCCGAAUACGCUCAUGAAGGAAUUCAUGUGGUUCACAUUGUGGUGGAUGGACCCGUCCUUGCACCCGAUACAUUGGGGAAAAUGCUAGGUCCACAGAAAUUUGCUGCCCUUCAGUCCAGUCGUCUCUUGAUUGAUCCCAAGGCGGUAGCAGAGACGUAUUGGCAUCUAGCGCAUCAACCUCCUUCGGCGAGAACGUUCGAGCUGGAUCUACGAAGUCAACAGGAUGUGCCUUGGUGGAAUUCAAUAUCAGCAAUCAGUAAACUGUGAGAAGGUUCUUCCGAAAAGACUAAUGUGUUAUAGGUUGCCCUCCAAAGAUUCAGAUGGAUUCCGAAAAUCAAACAUCCGACAACUUGAGAAUCCAAUAAGUCCAUGGAAAACCCUUUGGACAACCACCAUCCAGACAGAGUCAAGCAACUCACUGCUGGUAUAUAGCUCCCGUACGAACAAGGAGUCAAGGGUCCAACAAACAUCUUGCCCCAAUCCAAAACUAGAAAGAGGGUGUGCCGCAGAGAACACUAUCAUGUCCAGAAUGAGCGGAUGAUGACUACGGAAACUAUUCUUCCAGCUAGCAACAGAAAUUGGACACCAUUCCCUACCGGUAUGUGCAUGGGUUUUAGGUAUCUAAACCACAUUUUGCGUUUGUCUGGGAAGUAAAGUUUGAGCCAUAUUAGGUAGACGAAAGGUCAAUACCGUUCCGGAUCUUUGGUUCUCCAGGGGACUGCUGUGUGCUUUGUCCUGCUUCUCUCGACAGCACCGCGUGUCAAGUCCAUUGGGGAUAGUCGCGACAUUGCUUGCGUCUGUUGCAAUAGUUUAGAGAACACAAUCAUAAUUCGGCUUCGGAGAUCCAAUCCAUUGUACCAGACCAGUGCCUGUAUCAUGUGUCCCUAGAACCUCCAAAAAUGGAGCAUAAAAAAUCCUGCAAAAUUUCAGAUUCAAUGAUUUGAUUCAAAAGCAAAAUGA